AUGACUGCCUUGGCACUUGGCAACAACUGCAGCGGAGAGGCAUAUGGCAUAUUCCAUUCCAGGUUCAAAGAGAGCAAUAGGGCGCAGGUCUUGUUCUGUCUUGCUCGUGGACAGUGGUCAAAGCAACCAUGCCAUGAUGAGGCAGCGCCACUCUACCGGUACCUCCGUUGCUGUACUGGCUUGGUAGCUGCGGUACCCUUCACACUUCACACAAUCACACAAUGGUUCAAUCGGCAAUUUUCCAAUCUUAUCACAUUUCUCCAAGGGUUCGCAAUUGCAUUUCUUGUGCCUCCGCACGCGCUGGGAAAGAAAUAG